AUGGACCCCUCGGCCUUCGGAAUGAUGUCUGGCCGCGGCAUGGGCCGUCAGGCUGAGGUGCGCGAUGCCCGUGAUACCGCGGAGACAAUUCAGAUUUCGUCCAUCGCACUGCUCAAGAUGCUCAUUCACGGUCGCGCCGGGGUGCCGCUGGAGGUGAUGGGCCUCAUGAUUGGCGAGGAGAUCGACGACUACACGAUUCGCGUCGCAGAUGUCUUCUCGAUGCCGCAGACCGCCACCGGUCAGUCUGUUGAGGCGGUCGAUCCGGAGUAUCAGGUGCACAUGCUGGACAAGCUGAAGCUGGUUGGUCGUCACGAGAAUGUCGUGGGCUGGUAUCACAGUCAUCCCGGCUUCGGUUGCUGGCUGUCCUCGGAGGAUGUGAUGACAGCUGCGGGUUACGAGAAUUUGACACCACGCAGUGUGUCGGUCGUUGUGGACCCCAUCCAGUCUGUGCGUGGAAAGGUGGUGAUUGACGCCUUCCGCACUAUCCCACAGGAGAUCAUGGCGAUGCGAGCGAUGGGUGAGUAUGUAGAACCGCGUCAGGUGACGUCGAACAUCGGAUUCCUGUCCAAACCGUCGGCCGUGGCCCUCUCCCACAAUCUAAACCGCCAGUACUACAAUCUGCCCGUGACCUUCCGUAAGAAAAACCACGAGUUGCGGUUGCUGUUGAACGUGUACCGCAAGGGCUGGCAGGAGGGCUUCAAGUUGGAGAAGGCAAAGGUGUACCAGCGCGAGACACGCGCAAGCAUUCGCGAGCUCAUUUCCCUCUCAAAGCAGGCAGAGAAGUACAUUACGCAAGGACGCGACGAGGACGAUCUAGGUAACGUCGGUCAGAUCAACACCAUGUCCCACCUGCAAACAGAGGCGGAAAACGUCAUCCACCGCAACCUCAAUCAAUCCAUCGGUGCCAUGAUCAACGCGGUGGUGUUCUAA